AUGGUGUUCCCCCUGCCAGUGCCGAGCUUCGCCGCUCCCCUCCGCAACAGCAGCAGCAGCAGCAGCAGCAGCGAUGUUCAUGCGAUUAGCGAGAAGAAAGGCGGGGGAGGAGCUCUCCCUAAGAAUACGGCUGUGACUUCGGCUGUGACGUCGACUUCGACCACCCUCGCCGAAGCCCUGCGCAACAACCCCUUUGGGAAUACCUCGCGGUCCCGCGCGCUCGAGGCGCUGGCGCUCGUUCGCCAGGAGGACGAGCAGCAGCGGGAGCUGCAGGAACUCAACAGCGCCCUGGUCACGCUGGCGCAGCUGUUCCCCGACGUGCAGAUCGAGGUCUUCCGCGAGCUGCUGACUCGCUUUGACGGGAAGAGCCGGCUUCAGGUCUGCGUCGAGCAGCUGCUGAGGCACAAGAAGGAAUGGGUGCGGGGGAGAUGGAACGUACCGGUGGAGCAGACGGAGGGUAACGAGGGGAGGGAAGCUGCAAGAAUUGCUGGAGACGACGUCAGUCUGGUGCCUCCUGAAGAGCAGUUCCGGAGUGAGGAAUACAAAGCCGCCGUCAAGGCCGCGCUGUCCAAGGAGUUCAGCGCGUUGAGUCGCAGCACGGUCGACGCGGUGCUCGCAGAGGCCAAUUUCUCCUACACCCGUGCCCGCCCGACGCUGCAGGAGCUGUCUCGCAAGAGCUGGCGGGCCACUUUCAACAACCUCUUCCCCUCCUUCAAGCGCAGAAAGGACAAGGACGACCAUCCGAUGUUGAGCUGGAAUCGCACUGCGGACGGCGAUCUGGUGCCGCGGCUGAAGGAGACGGGAUGUAAGGAGCUGGACCAGGAGCUGUACGACACUCUCGUGGCGCCGAUCCUCCGGCAGAAGCGCGAGGCGCAGGAGAGUCGGGAUUUGCAGCUGGCGGAGGAACUGAACGAGAGCGAAGCCAAAGCGGUGGGCGCGCUCUACGAAUGCGAAUGCUGUCUCGCGGACGUGACGUUUGAGCAGAUCGCGACCUGCUCGGCCAGCGCACACAUUAUCUGCUACAGCUGCAUCCGGCGGACGCUCCACGAGGCGCUGUUUGGCCAGGGCUGGGACAAGUCCAUCGACCCGGGCAAGUCGACGCUGAAGUGUCUGGCCCCGUUAACUCAUGGGUCGUGUGAGGGCUCUCUGGACCCGGAGCGCGUGAAGAGCGCCAUCCUAUCGGACAAAGCGGGCUUCGAGACGUUCCGCAAGUUCGAGGACCGGCUGGCCUCGGAGGCGUUGCUCAAGUCGCAGUUGAAGCUGGUCCGCUGCCCGUUCUGCUCGUACGCCGAAGUCGACCCGGUAUAUCACCCGCCGGCCGGGGGGAUCGCGUGGCGAUUCCGACUCCGCCAGAGGAAGAAUAAUCUGUGGGUUACCAUCUUGAUGACCAUUUUCCUUCUCGAUCUGAUACCCUUGCUUAUCAUACCCGUUAUCGUCCUGUAUAUCUUUUGUCCGCCCGCGCCCGCCGCGAUUUUCCGGACUUCGCUACGCAAUCUGGGGCUGCGGACGCGCAGUCGGCGGUUCUCGUGCCGGAAUCCGUCCUGCGGGCGCGCCAGCUGCAUCACCUGCCACAAAGCGUGGCGUGACCCGCACGUCUGCGAUGAGCCGCUGUUGCAGUCGUUGCGGACGACCGUCGAGGCGGCCCGGACGGCAGCGAUCAAGCGGACGUGUCCGCGAUGCGGGCUGUCGUUCGUCAAGUCGUCUGGCUGCAACAAGCUGACCUGCGUGUGCGGGUAUUCGAUGUGCUAUCUCUGCCGGAAGGCGUUAGGCCGGCCUGUUCGGGCUGAACCACGAUACUACAACUACGAAGGCGACGAAGAAGAGGAGGAGGAAGAGGAGGAAGGAGAAGGCUACAAGCAUUUCUGCGAGCACUUCCGCAUCAACCCCGGGACGCGCUGCACAGAAUGCAACAAAUGCGACCUCUACCUAGCAGAGGACGAAGAGGCCGUGGCGCAGCGAGCAGGCGAGAAAGCAGAACGCGAGUGGCUGCGACGUCAGGGACUGGCCAAGUCGGACGUAGCAGUAUCAUCGGGAAACAACACGGGCGAUGGGAAGGGUUCCGACGAAGCGUCCGCCUGGGAGUGGGAUUCCCAGCUAACGACCAGUCUGAGCAGCCUUCAGGGCAAACAGCCCUGGCGUCGACGAUGGCGAUACUGGCUGGUAGAUGUCUGGCGCGAGGGGCAGUGGCGAUGCGAGGUACAAGCGGCAGUAGACUGGGUGGUGGAGAGGGUGAUUGAGGUAUCUGUAUAA